CGUCUUCGUGUUGUGUCUGCAACGUCAAACCAGUGUUCAAUGUAUUCGUGCGCUGCUGCUGGCAAAGUGUAUAGUUUUUCACCGUUUUCCAGUUAAUUUCCACACACUUUUGCACGGUUUUCCUUGUGGGUCAGCACAUCCGUCCUGGUGUGUUGUUUGUUUGCCGUGUAGGUUAAAGUUUACCCAUUCUUUGUACGCCGCCGGAAGCGGUCGAAACAAAAACACUGCCCAGUGCGGGAAAGAAUUGGCUUGGCCGCCCUUCCUCUUUGUGUGAAGAAAAAUCGUCAUUUUUCCUGCUGCCCCGCUGAACCAGUGAUCCAAUGACGAAGGGAGGCCGCAUAGUUUAGGAAAGGGGGUGCCAUUGUUCUACCAUUGCAGUGUCCGUGGCUGAAGGAGCUGCCACAACAGCAACAUAAUGGGCAACACGGACACGAAGCUGAACUUUCGCAAAGCAAUCGUUCAGCUGACGAGCAAAAGUCAGCCGAUCGAUGCGAGUGAUGACGCAUUUUGGGAGCAGUUCUGGUGCGAACACAACACCCCGGUGCAGGACGUGUUUGCGCUGGUGCCGGCAAACGAGAUACGCAAGGUGCGCGACGUGAUGCCGACGAAUCUGGCCACGCUCUGCUACAAAGCGACCGAGCGGAUGGUCCGCGCAGUGGACAACAGCUGCCGGACGCAGGGCGAACAGCAGACGGUGCUGAACUGUGUCCGGCUGCUGACGCGCAUCCUGCCCUACGUGUUCGAGGACGUCCAGUGGAAGGACUUCUUCUGGUCGUCGCUACCGUCCGGCAGCAGCAGCGGCAGCAGCGAGAAGGAGGAGCCCGGCUCGGUACCGCUCGCCCAGAGUCUGCUCAAUGCGAUCUGCGAUCUGCUCUUCUGUCCCGACUUUACCGUCGUGGGGUACCGCAAAUCGGGCCCGGAAAAGGCAGAGGAGCUCAACUCGAUCGACAGCUGCGAGUACAUCUGGGAGGCGGGCGUCGGCUUCGCCCAGUCGCCGCCGCGCAACGGCAGCAUGGAUGCGCGGCGCACCGAGCUGCUGAAGCUGCUGCUGACGUGCUUCAGCGAGACGAUGUACCGUCCGCCGACGGCGAGCGACGAGCCGAACCGGUGGAUCGUGCACUUCACCAGCGCGGACAAUCGGCACGCGCUGCCCCUGUUUACGUCGCUGCUGAACACGGUCUGUGCGUACGAUCCGGUCGGGAUCGGGGUGCCGUACAACCAUCUGCUGUUUACCGACACGCUCGAGCCGCUGGUGGAGGUGUGCCUGCAGAUACUGAUCGUGACGCUCGACCAUGACAUCACGAGCAAUGGGCCGGCCCAGUCGUCGGCGUACAUACACGACGACAGCACGAUCGCGGACAAUCUGUUUAUCAACUAUCUGUCCCGCAUCCAUCGGGACGAUGAUUUUCAGUUCAUCCUGAAGGGGGUGACCCGGCUGCUCAACAAUCCGCUCGUGCAGAGCUAUCUGCCGAACUCGACCAAGCGGCUGCACUGUCAUCAGGAGCUGCUGGUGUUCUUCUGGAAGAUUUGUGACUACAAUAAGAAAUUCCUCUACUUUGUGCUGAAAAGCAGUGACGUGCUGGAUAUACUAGUGCCGAUACUCUACCAUCUCAACGAUUCGCGCGCUGAUCAGUCACGUGUUGGCCUGAUGCAUAUCGGCGUGUUCAUACUGCUGCUGCUUUCCGGCGAGCGUAACUUUGGCGUGCGGCUAAACAAACCCUACACCGCGACCGUCCCGAUGGACAUACCCGUGUUUACCGGCACGCAUGCCGAUCUGCUCAUUACCGUGUUUCACAAAAUCAUUGCCACCGGCCACCAGCGGCUGCAGCCCCUGUUCGACUGUCUGCUAACGAUUCUCGUGAACGUGUCGCCGUACUUGAAGACGCUCUCGAUGGUGGCGAGCAUCAAGCUCCUCCAUCUGCUGGAAGCGUUCAGCACGCCCUGGUUCCUGUACACUGCCCCGUCGAACCAUCACCUCGUGUUUUUCCUGCUGGAAAUCUUCAACAACAUCAUCCAGUACCAGUUCGACGGCAACUCGAACCUGGUGUACACGAUCAUCCGCAAGCGGCAGGUGUUUCACGCGCUAGCCAAUCUGCCGACCGAUGCCGCCGGUAUUGCGCGAUGUCUGAGCAAUCGGAAGGGAGGUGCUGGCGGUGGUGGUGCCGGUGGCCGUAUGGUCGGCUCUAGUCAUGGGUCGGCGCCGUCUGGCUCGAGAAGCCUUGCCGGGCACGAUGAUGAUGCGGCUGACUAUCAGCAGCGGAAAGCCGCCCUUACGGCGCCCGGAGCGGGCAGUGGUGCUGCUGCUGGUGGCGAUGAGAGUGGCGGUGAGGAAGGGGGGGACCGUAGCAUCGUGACACGCACCGGGCGGCUCGGUUUGCGCGAGCCGGACGCUGGUGGAGCGGCGGGUGAGCGUGAGCAUGGUACCGUAACGGGCGAUGAGGACGCACGGAGCGACAUCGUGGAAGAAUCGAUGGAAGGUUCGCGCCCGGCGCAGGAAGCCGAACCGGGCACGCUGAAGGCCACGCUGCUCGAUACACCGAAUCUGGCCCAAAUUACGGAGCGCGAGUCGGCACACCCGACCGAUCUCGCCAGUCCCACGGUGGGGGGCGACGGUACCGAGCCGCUGGGCAAGCCGAGCAUCGGCAGCGACGAGGAGGAGCCGGAAGCGAACGGUGCCACGCGCAAGGGUGCGGACGAGCCGUCGAGCAAGACACCGUCGCCACUGCGGCGGGCCGUCGCGCAGCGCGGCAGCCUGCGGGUGACGCCCGCGCCCGUGCACGGCAACCAGGUGAAGCAGUGGCAACCGACCCCGGAGUGGGUGCAGUCGUGGCGCUCGAAGCUGCCGCUGCAAACGAUCAUGCGCCUGCUGCAGGUGCUGGUACCCCAGGUGGAAAAGAUCUGCAUCGACAAGGGCCUUACCGACGAGUCGGAGAUACUGAAGUUUCUGCAGCACGGUACGCUGGUGGGGCUGUUGCCGGUACCGCACCCGAUCCUGAUCCGCAAGUACCAGGCGAACGGGGGCACGACCGCCUGGUUCCGCACGUACAUGUGGGGCGUGAUCUAUCUGCGCAACGUCGAUCCGGCCGUCUGGUACGACACGGAGGUGAAGCUGUUCGAGAUACAGCGCGUCUAGAUGGCGGGUGGGCUCGUCGUUUGGUAAGCAGCAAACUAGCAAAGUUUCUUAUUUCCCCCCUCGUACUAACCACAAAAACAAAACACAAAAUCCUCACACACUCAUCUUCAUGCUCAUCUAUGUGUGUACGCUUUACUAAACACAUUUCGCUUUACAGUACUGAAGGUUUUGGAGGAGAAUGAAGAUGCCUUGAGAAUGUAGUGUAGAGAGAGAGAGAGAUAGUAGAGGAAUAAUGAAGUAGCAGCAAACGAGGAUAGGGUUAUUUCACCCUUCUACCCCGACCCCAUCUGACCGACCAUUCCGUCUAAGUCAUUUCAGAAUAUCUUAAACACAAGAUAAACGAAAAAAGAAACUAAAACAAGUAAGAUAAUCUGUAAACAAAACUAGAAAAUGUAUCGCUAAGUAUAUGAAAGUCUCGCUUCUACUUCCUAAAAUUCUUUUAAAACCUACGUUCCUUUUUUAACGGUUUGCAUCGGUUUCGUUGUCCCAUAAGCAUACUACACCGGAAGAGCUUUAAUGUAGUUGAAUCCUCUAUAAAAUCGUGCUCCUCUCGCCAUUUCCUCCCUUUUUUUUUUGGCUAUUAUUAUUAUCACUGCACCUUUUAUAACUAUAUCGACGUGAGUAAAAAUAAUCGCUAUAAACUUUGUACAAGAGAAAGAGAGGCUUUGAUAAAAAAAAAAACAAUAGGCACGGCAUAUUCGUGCGAAGCAAAAGUGUGUAAACUUUAAAGCAUCCCGGUAAUGUAGGAGAACGUGGCGCAGGACGUGUGUUAAAGGAAGGUCAGGGUAAAUGUGUGUAGCCGCAAGGGCCAAGGGUGAGCGGGCGAUGAAACAAACUGGGAGACGUGCAAAUGGACGUAUUAGGGUUAACACCACAUAUUUGCUGAACGUAAAGUAACUUAAAACCAAUCAAAUCCAUAUAAACAGACAACAAUAUUAAAAUAUACACAAACUCUUAUAAUAUUUAUGCGCGUGUCGAGUGAGUGCGAGCGAAAGGGACCACACGGUGGUUCCACAUUUCAUCCUCUUACUUUGGCACGGCAAGACUGUGUUAAAUCAAUCAAUUUGCCUGUUUUAAUAUGGACGAAAAUAUUGAGAAUCGCCUUCAUUUGAUCCACGUCUUCGUAGAUUAGUUUAUUUUUCAUUGAAUAAGUUUUAAAUUUGAGUAUGAAAAAAAAGUCGCAUGGUCUAGUCCGGAUUUGAACUCGUGAAUGACGGUGACAGAUGUGGAAAAAUGAUGUAAAAGCAAUUGUAAAUGUGUUUAAAAUAUGAUUAAAAUGUUUUUCUCCGUAGCAACCGGCAGCAAAAAGAUAACAGUGUGACUUUAUUGGUCGGGCUGGCACUGGCAGUCCACUCCGGGACGCGAUCCCACUACUGCUUGCCGCGGAGACUCUUAGCUGCUGGUUUUCACCCCUCGCUCGGUGUGUCUCUCCUUAGCCAACCUGAAUGUCUCGGACUCCUCCGUGACACCCAUAUUGACGGCCAGCUUAGUGCGGACGCCCCGUCAACAUGGCCUGGUCCAGCA